AUGCCACACUGUGAUGAUGAAUGCGAUCUCCGGCCACGUGUAUCUUUGUGGCUUGUCGACGGCAAUGGUGUUGUUUCUGACCUAAGGGGAGGGCGGAAUGCUAUUAGUUCUGACCUAAGGGGAGGGCGGGAUGCUAUUAGAUCUGACCUAAGGGGAGGGCGGGAUGCUAUUAGUUCUGACCUAAGGGGAGGGCGGGAUGCUAUUAGAUCUGACCUAAGGGGAGGGCGGAAUGCUAUUAGUUCUGACCUAAGGGGAGGGCGGGAUGCUAUUAGUUCUGACCUAAGGGGAGGGCGGGAUGCUAUUAGUUCUGACCUAAGGGGAGGGCGGGAUGCUAUUAGAUCUGACCUAAGGGGAGGGCGGAAUGCUAUUAGUUCUGACCUAAGGGGAGGGCGGGAUGCUAUUAGAUCUGACCUAAGGGGAGGGCGGAAUGCUAUUAGUUCUGACCUAAGGGGAGGGCGGGAGGCUAUUAGUUCUGACCUAAGGGGAGGGCGGGAGGCUAUUAGUUCUGACCUAAGGGGAGGGCGGGAUGCUAUUAGUUCUGACCUAAGGGGAGGGCGGGAGGCUAUUAGUUCUGACCUAAGGGAGGGCGAGAGGCUAUUAGUUCUGACCUAA